GCCAUCGGAGUGGAUGACGACCAGGUUGCUGGGGCCAGCGGCAAGCCGUCCGAGGACGAGAUGCGCGAGAGGGCCGAUGAGCUGUCGCCGACCACCGAGCUUCUCGUGAAUUUCUUGGCCACCACGGCCAUACUGGACAAACACCCCAUGACGAGCCCCCUUGCGGCAGAGAUGGUCAACAGCACGAUGAUGGCGGUGUUCGCGGAGAUCGGCGCCCACGGCGGCUCCAUCGCAUCGCAGCACGAGGCGCUGAAGAUCCUCUCCGCCAAGGCCGCUGAUGCCGUGGCCAAGCAGGUUCCCCCGAUGUUCGACUGCGUGGCCAAGCUAGUCGAGGACGCGAAGAGAUGGAAGAUGACCGACAUCUUCGAGGCAAGGCACGGCUUGGAGGACCUGAUUAAGAACAACGUGACGGUGGUGCUGCUGAACAACGUGCGCGCGACAUUCGCGUUGCACAUUCUGGUGGGCUUGGGGCUGCAGUCCUUCAACUGCCGCAACGGCCCCGUGUGCGAGGUCCGCCCCUACAUGCAGCCCCUGCAGCACAAGUUGUGCACGGCUGUUCUGGACAGGUACAUGCCGCGUGGGCGGUGGUUGUCAGAGGGGCUGCCAGAUGAUGUCACGGUGAUUGCGCAGAAGGCUGCGUCCCCGAACUUCCCCCAGGCCUUCAAGUACUGGACCAUGGAGAUGCUCGAGUUUACGGGCUGGGUGUCGGCCCAGGACCCCGCGGGCUACAGCUCCAAGAGGGAGGGCAUGCUGACUGCGCUGAACAUGAUGCCCCCCGAGAAGAUAAGGGACUACACGGUGUCCAACGGCUUGGUGAGAGAGUUUGUUUGGCAGAGUUGGGACGCCCAGGGUGCCCUCCCGGCGGACAAGCAGAAGAUCGUCUCGGCACUCAUGGACCAGUUCGCCAAG